AUGGGUUCAAAUUCGGAAACAAAUUGUCAACAAAAUGUGAAGAAAAAUUGGGGUUGGACCGCCGCGAGGGAUGCUUUCCAAAUCCUCACAACCACCCUCCUCAGCCUCCUCCUCCCGCUAUCAUUCCUCCUCCUUGCUCGACUCUCCACCGCGCGCUAUCUUUUAUCUGUCUCAGAUAAUUAUCCCGCGACAAAGCCCAUUUCCCUUUUAUGGACUCUUUUCUUGUACACCAAGCCAACCAUUCUCCAUUUGUUGCUUUCUCUUCUUAGUGUUGCAGCUCUUACACAUGGCCUGACAGGUAAAGUCGCAUUUUUAAGACCAUCAGUCGAGCCAGUGGCCCGGCCUGGUCUGCAUGCAGCAUGGGUUUUUCUUUGCGCGGUACAAGUUUGCGUUGGUUUGGGGAUUGAAGGGAGUAUAGCUGCCGGAAUAGAUAGCUUGCGUUUUGAUGAAAAGAGGAAUAUUUUAUGCAGAGUGAUUUUCUUCUUUGGAUUGCACGAGACAAUGCUGUUUUGGUCGAGAAAUGUGGUGAAGCCGGUGGUGGAUGACACCGUGUUUGGUUGCUCAAGGGAGGAGAAGUGGAUUGAGAAGGUGGUUAUGACCGUUACCUUUGCCGGCUUAUGGUGGUGGAGGCUGAGGGAUGAGGUGGAUCCACUGGUGGUUGUGGCGGAGAUCAAAAGGGAGCUUAUGAUAAGUGUUGGGAUGGCUGAUUUUAUGGAUUGGUGGUUGUAUUACUUGACUGUCACAACUGGAGUGGUUAGGGUGGUGAAAGGUCUCGUUUGGAUAGUCACAGUUUUAGUUUGUAGGAGGGUACAAGUGUCCAUAGCUAACGAUGAGAAGGUUUGA